AUGGAUGUUGACGAGCUUUUCAAGGGUUCUAAAGUCACUUUGAGUGGCAACAAGAGAAAGAUGGCAGCCAACCCAACCCCAGAAAUGCUGAAAAGGAUGAAGGUUAACUCUGAACCAGCAUCGGCCAACGGUAGCUCUUCAGGUCCAUCCAAACCCGUUUCACGGCCUGUGACUGUCAGGGACGAAGAGGAGGAUGAGGCAGCACAGAAUUUCGCGCCCGGUGGUGACGCCGACUAUUUUGCAGAAGAGGAUGAUGAGGGAAGAUUCUUCGGCGGAGGGCUCACAGACGAGCAAAAGCAAAUACUUAAUAUCUUUGAUCGGGCGGGAGGAGAGGGCGCGCAGGAUGAAGAAGGCUCUGAGUUAAAUGCCGUCGGAGUUCGUCGGCUCUUGUCGAAACUUGAGAAGGCAGUGGCUAAAAACCAGGACCAGCGUUCGAAAUACCCGAAUGCACCUGAAAAAUUCAUAGAUUCCGAGGCCGAUCUCGAUGCAGCUAUCAAAGCUUUACUACCCCUAGCGCAAGCACCGACUGUAGCAUAUCCUGAACUGAUCAAGUCCGGAGCAACCACUUUGCUCGUGGGAUUGUUAAGUCACGAAAACAUGGAUAUUGUAAUCGAUGUAGUGGAAGUCAUCCAUGAAUUCACUGAUGAAGACGUUGGGGGCGAAGAUGAAGACGAGGACGAGGACGAUGAAGGACAAGUCGUUCGGAAGGGUGAGGGCGCGUUGAAAGACCUUAUUGACUCGAUGGUAACCAGCCAGACGCUGGAGCUCUUGGUCCAAAACCUUUCCAGGAUGGAUGAAAAAGAGGAGACCGACCGGCAGGGCGUCUUUCAUACAUUAGGUAUAUUCGAAAAUGUACUUGCCUCACGACCCACUCUGGCCGAAACCUUGGUUUCUACUACUACGAUCGUCCAGUGGCUCCUCAAUCGCAUAAUCCAAAAAGAGCAUGACGAUAAUCGUGGCUAUGCUGCAGAGGUGCUUUCAAUUCUAGUCCAAUCGUCAAGGAGCAACCGCCUGGUUUUGGCCAAAGCGGACGGGAUCGACACUAUUCUACGCGCACUAAAUACAUUCAGAAACCGGGAUCCCGCGGGCCCUGACGAAACCGAAUUUAUGGAGAACGUUUUUGAUGCACUAUGCUCAUCUUUAGCCGAGCCGGAAAUUCGAGAACAAUUCCAGCAAGCUGAAGGGGUUGACCUUAUGGUAUUAAUCAUGAAGGAAAAUCGUGCAUCUAAAUCGCGUGCUAUCAAGGUCUUAGACUAUGCGUUAUCCGGCCCGCUUGGUGCUGCAAAUUGUAGUACAUUUGUUGAAGCAGUGGGCCUGAAGCCCCUUUUUUCCGCAUUUAUGGGAAAGAGCGCAAAAAAGAGCAAAACUGGAACUGCUAUGCCCGCUUCGGAGGAUAUUGGGCACAUUCUCGGCGUUAUUUCUAGCCUUUUCGCCAAUUUGGAUUCCGACUCGCCUCCGCGUAUACGAGUGCUAGCAAAAUUCGUAGAGGCGGAGUUGAGGAUUACCGACAGAGAGAUCAACGCUGAAAAGAAAGAACUAUUGGCAGCCGGAGAAGACGUAAGCGAGAUGGAGGAUUUGUUUCUCCUAAGACGGUUGGAUGGCGGUCUUUUUACCCUCCAAACUAUCGACGUUUUAUUGGCGUGGGUUAUAAUGGAGGACGACGGUAUUAAACAACAUGUGGAGAUGUUGUUUGGUCGCCGAGGCAAAACCGUAAAGGACAUCGAAAAAGUGCUUAGAAGCUAUCUUGAGAAUAUUGGCGAGGCGGAUCCAGAAGAUGAGACCCCCGAGGCAAUCACUUCCACCGCUCAGCGAAACAUCUUGACUGGGUUGAUUGGAUUCAUUGAGGGAUGCUGA